AUGUCAGACAAAAUACCAAUUUACACGCUCGCUGAAGGAUGCCCUAUUGCAUCGUCGAGCACUGCGCAGACUUUUCGCUCUAGAAGCACGCCUGCCUCCUCCACUAAAUCUCUCGCCCUCUUACAAGACACUCAGCUCAUCGAGACCCUCGCUCAUUUUUCCCGUGAGAGGAUUCCAGAGCGUGUUGUUCACGCCCGCGCCGUUGGGGCCUGGGGCGAAUUCGAGGUCACCAAGGAUAUUUCAACCCUCACCAGCGCCAAGUUCUUGAAUGGAGUUGUCUUACCAGUUAUAUACGAUCACAUUAUUACUACGUCUCGGCUUGUUAGUUCACGAACCCAUAGGUCAAUAAGGUAG